AUGAUCAAGUGCAGCAGUAUUGCAAUGCUCGAGAAGAUAGAUGGUCUUAUCUUGAUGCACCUAAGUGGUGGCACCAUCUUCGGCAUCCUAAGUUUGUGGGGUUACCGAACUCGACAAUACGUUGAUAACGGCCCGAAGGCUAUUCGAUUUUUCGGUGGCUUCGGUACACACUCCCGCUUGAUUGUAUCUCUUGCCAUUAGCUGCUAUGGUCUCUGGUACUGGUUGUUUGGUGUUCACAAUAGUGAUCUUCUCGACAUGGGCACCGCAAGAGAGCAGGAGACUAAUCCUGUCGAUACUCCUAAUCCUCCAGAGUGUAGGGAACUUUACACGUUCAUGUUCGCUAAAGUGCGCGCUGAUGGAGGAAUUCGUAUCUUCUACAUUCUGGUGUGCGUGUGUUGCAUUCUCUAUUUCGGCAUCAUGUUGCUCGCCUCAAGCAUAGCUGGUUGGGCGAGAUUGCAGAAGAUGAUCGAACUGAGCAAGGCAAAGCGUUGGGCGGACACAACAAGACUGCGAUUUGCAACAGGCUUCAAGUAUAAAGAGUGA